AUGACCAACGUCUCUAACGAUUUCAUCUGGGAGUGCACCAAGAGCACCAACGCUUACCUCGUUAAGCGAAAGGGCAUCGACACCACUCUGUCUCGAGACCCCUACGCUCUCAACAACCUGUCCACUCACUACGAGUCCGGUCUCUCUCACGACAAGGCUGUCGGUGUGCACUACUGCAAGCCCUCCGGCAAGAUCUGCGUCAUCACCAAGGUGGUCAAGAACGCCAACAAGCCCGCCAAGUCCCGACACAUUGUUGAGUUCAAGCCCACCAAGUCUUCUCGAGCUAUCGCCAAGGCCGUCUCCAAGACCGUCCAGGGCUACAAGGACGAGCAGAUCUACGACGCCAUUGUCCGAGCUUCUGCCAUCAAGCGAGCCGCCACUGUUUCCAAGAAGCAGUUUGCUGCCCGAAACCGUGCCUAA